AAUUGCUGAUCCUUACUGAGUUUCUCUACUCUGUGACAGGAUGGGCUUGGGGGGGAGGAAGAUGGUCCAAGCCUGAGUCUCCAAGCCACAAAGCACCCCAACAUGGCCUCCCAAGAAGCGGAUACUGCAGGGCUGGAGACGGGAGGAGGUGGUAUUCCAGGCAGCCAGGUGGCAUCUGAUGGGGUGAAUAUUUCUGUUUACCGGACCUUGAAGGAAUUACAACAUUACCAAGAAGGAACAUUACAAGCCCUUGGGGCCAUCCAGAUCCUGAAUGGAGCGAUGAUUCUGGCUCUGGGCAUCUGGCUGGCGUCGUUACAGUAUCUGUCUCACCUCUUCAGGCAUUUCUUCUUCUUCACCUUUUACACAGGCUACCCGCUGUGGGGCCCUGUGUUUUUUAUUGGUUCAGGAUCCUUGUCUGUUGCAGCAGGGAGAAACCCUACAAGAAUGCUGAUGCAAAACAGUUUUGGGAUGAAUAUUGCAAGUGCUACAAUUGCCUUGGUUGGGACUGCUUUCCUGUCAGUACAUUUAGCACUGAAUAGCCAGUCUUUCAAGGUUUGUCAGUCUUCGCAGUCUCCAGACUUAUGCAUCUACGUGGGUUCCACCUCAAAUGGCCUGGUGUCUCUGAUGCUGAUCCUGACUUUGCUGGAACUGGGCAUUACUAUCUCGAUGUCAGUCAUGUGGUGCCAAGGGAGCUUCUGUGAUUCGAGAGAGGAAAUUUACUCACCCCCGCAUCCCGUGGAUUCAGAAAUACCUCCUGAUGAAAGUAAUGCUGAGGACGUGAACACUCAGCCUCCAGUCUCCAAUGACCCAGAACCUCAUCCUAGCACUCAAGAGGACAUGAGCUGAUAAAACCCAGCCCUUGAUCAUGGCCCUACUCAUGAGAAGCCUGAGCCUUGGCUCAAUCACUCCUUUCGGCCCUGACUAUAAGUCAAUUCCAUGUACGUGUUCUGAACGUAGAUGAAUAAAGAUUUCUCCUUCGACAU